CCGAGAGCCGCCAGAUCACCGGCCAGCUGAACCGGGUCAACACCACCUCCAGGUUCUGCAGCACGGAGAAGCUGAAGCUUCAGUCACAGCUUCGUCAGGUUGAAGCUACGAUCCAGAACUACCGGAUGUGCUACGAAACCUUGAGUUACUUCAACGCCACCUAUCCAGACAAAGUGAAGGCUCUCCAAACGCAGCUGAACGCCCAGACUUUGUUAGCUGACUUGGAGAAGAAGAACUUGGCCCAGGAGAACCAGCGCCUGCAGGCCCAAGUCAAGAAAGUGGAGCAAGAGGAGGCGGCCUGCCAGCGGGAUGUGCUCCAGCUCCGGACGCAGGCGCGGAAGGUCGGGGAGCUGGAGAGCCAGGUGAUGAGCGAGAUGCAGACCGCCAGCCAAAACGUGAGGGCCGCCGUGGAGAAGACCCUGCCCAGCCAGUCCAUUUGGAGUUGCAACACGGAGGAGGUCCGGACCCUGCAGUCCACGUGCCUCAACCUGUCCAAGCAGCUGGAUGGCUACAUGGCCGCCCUGGGCCAGCGGCUGGAGGAGAGAGUCAAUGCCGUGGUCAAGGAGAACGCCGCGCUGGAGAAAGAGAAGGCGGCCUGCUCCCAAGAGCGGCAGGAGCUGAGGAACAAACUCGUCCAAGAGCAGCAGGCGGUCCAGGAGCGGGACGCCCUCCAGCAGGCCUGCAACACUGAGAAGACCACAAUCUACGCCGAGCAGCAGAAACUCUUAAGCGAAACGGAGAGCCUGCGGCAGGACCUGGACAGGAUCAAGCAGAAGUGCUGGGCUGCCGCUCUGCCCAACCCCCCGAUGAGGGUGCCUGGCGCUUCGGGUGGCAUAAACCCCUUUGCCAGUGUCCCUGGGAAUUUUAACCCCAUAGUCCCCAUGGGGGCACCGAACGCCUUCAAUCCGCAUUGGUUGAGGACUGGAGGACUGCCUGCCGUUCACGGCGCUCUGGGUGACCAUGGGCCACAAGGAAACCUGCCUGCUCAGCGGAACUUGGGACCAGUGGGGAACAUUGGCCCUCUCAGGACUUCAAGCCGCAGUGGCUAUGACAAGCCGGAAGACGGCAGGAAGCCCCUUGGGGCUGAGGCCCUUUCCCCCUACCAGCCCCCACUGAAGCCCGCUGGACAGCCCAGCGGUUAAGGGGGUCAGCAGAUAAUUGCCGACCAGAAACAGCUCCUGGCUAAGCAGACUGUGAAACAGCGUGGGACAAACCUGUGAGGGGCCAUGGCCGAAAAGUCUCUGUGCUGGACGUGCGCUUCAGAUUGGCAAGAGAGAAGAGGCGGCCCUGGGCAGCUCUCUUGAAUGGCAGCGCCAGGAGGACAUCUCUUGGCCUUGCCCGCUUUGCACUGGUGACCCCUACCUCUAGCAGAACUCGUGUACAUAGGUAUUUCUCAAGGCAGCACCGCUCUGUGUUGAUACCCCUCCCCUCCCGAAGAGCCCUUCUCUUCCCCUCCCCCAGUCACCGCAGACAUAGUCGGCAUUGUAUGAUCCCUCUGGGGCUCCAACCAACCAUCCUGCAGGCUUACCUACCUGCAGAGUUGUUGGGAGACUGAAAUUGAGAUGUUCCCCUGGACUCAAUGGAGAAAAGAUGCAAUAAAGCACUGAGAAUGUAUAUAUGUAUAUUUUUAAAUCCUGUGACUGCAAUGCACUCAGGAAAGAAAUGAUGCCAAGACAUUUUCAAAAUCUGAGAAAGGAACGUGACUCUAAUUUAAGGCUGGCUUUAGUAAGAAAGGAAUUCCGCUGCCGCGUGUUUAAGACACAGUAUGUUAUGCUUAAUGUACACACUGAUUGUAUAUGCAUGAUGUACACCUUUACAUAUAGACCAGGCUUUAAAAAAAAAAAAUUAAUCACUUCCCCUCCUUCCUCCUGAUGGGAUCGCAUUUAGCCAGGAUAGCAAAAUGACAGCUCCAUCUCCAGCAGCAGAAGCUCUCCGAUUCCCAGAUGGUUUGGGAAAAACAAAAAAGGAGUUCUCCAUCAUUGCUUGGUAUGAAGACAGCCCCGGGCUCCAGAGCAGAGCAAGACAGGUAGCCAUGUUAGCUCAUCUGUAGCAGUAGAAAAGAGCAAGAGUCCAGGUGCAUCUUCAAGGCUAGCCAAAUCUGUGUCCGGCUGGAGCUUUCCUGAGCCACUGCCUGCUCUUUUCUUGCUCUUGCACACUCUUGCUCCUUUCUACUGUAUUUAGGGGGUGUUAGGAAAGGCCUUCCUCAGCCCUGCAGACCCUGCUGCCAGUCAGAGGAGUCAAAAUGGAUCCGGGGAGAGAUUCUGUCUUAUUGCUCUGCUUUGGCCAUUCUGGAGGCCUCUGGCCAGCUCCUUUCUGCUGAUCUGCAGCUCUCUCCGUCAUAACGAUGCGUCUGUUUUGCAGAGACGUGUUCCCUUUGGAUCGGUAAGCGUGGAGGGGUGCGCCAUCAGAUCUCAGGGACUGAAUCCUUGACCAAUAAAUGCUCUAUGAA